UAAUUAUAAAGGCCUAAAAUUUUUUUUACCAAAGGCCGUUUAUAAUGUCAAGCCGGCCAUGUAUGGAAUAAACAUGAUAUUUUCUGUUCAAAUGAUUUUUUAAAGAAAAUAUCAUUCGUUUCUGUGUUCUUCUUGCAAACAAAAAGUCAUUUACAUAAUUCAAUGGAUGGUCGUGGUUGUCUAGCACAUCAGUACAUCACCCUAAAAACCACCGAGCUUUUUUUUUUUGAUAAAAAAAACACCGAACUUAAGAAGUAAAAUAGCGUAGAUUCAUAGAAGAAGGAAGCUGCUCUACUCAAUUGUUUAGCAUUUUUGAAAAAUCUUUUAUAAUAAUACUAGCUGAUUUUGAAGUGCUAGUGCAAUAGGAGAAAGAUUGAAGGGAAGUAGAUUUGUUGUUGAUUUUAAAGAGGCCCACUAACAGAGUGGUUUGGGUGAAGCUUUGUUACUGAGAGCUCCUUGAACUCAAUAAACAUAGCAUUUAUGGGCCUUAAAAAUGAAAAUAUUGGGCUUAUAAUGAACAAAAACAGGCAUUUGUAAAGGUGCGUAUAAAUCCAAUACGAAAAAAAAGAGAGGCAAUGAUGAGAAUUGCGAGAGUGAUAGCUGAUAGGUAAGUAGUGAGAGAAUGGAAAGAAUAAAGAGAGUUGGAGAAACAUAGAAGCAUUUCCUUGUUUGGCAAUUUCAUCUUAGAACUUUGACCCUCUUUCUUCUUUGGCAUCCAUCACAACAACAAGGUACUAUCAUAUCAUACCAAUCAAGCAAACACCUCAUUAAUAACAACAUUAAAUAAAAAAGUGUUUGAUAACGAUUUCAAAUUCUUUAAGAGCAUGAUUAAUCCAAAGUUUUUAGGAUGAAAUUCUUAGUGGAAGUUAAGAAACAACCCGACUCUAAAAACCUCAGGUUAAUCAUGGUCUAAUGAGCUAAAAAGUUGGAGGUGUGUUCACUCGUGUAUGUGUACUGCACAGAUCUCUCUUUGCAGGAUGUAAGAGCAAGUCCAUCAAUUAGGACCUCUAAGGAGUUCUAAUGAUUUAAUUAAGAUUAAAUAAGGUGAUUUGACAAGAUUAGAAUCUUGGUUAAGGGGAAUUAUUUUUUCCUCUUCCAAUGGAAGAACCCCUUGGGGUUCCUUAAAAAAAAAAAAAAAUUUUACAAGUCGCAUAGAUAAGCAAGAACAAAGCUGAUGAUCAGCUUAUUACCAGUCGCAUAGAUAAGUAAACAUCAAACCAAAGAGAAGUAACCAUCGGCCAAAGAAAAAACAUAGUAAACUUAAUGUUCUUCUGUUCUGAAGAUGGAGAAAGUUUGCAUACCGAAGGUGGAGAAAGGAUAGUCCAUACAGUAACUGCAAGACCUGCGAGAGCUUUCGUUGUAAGGAGGUGUGAGAAUGUCGAGCACCACACAUGGAGUCAGCGCAGUGAAACAAUGGAGAUUGCCUCCAGUCUUUGGGUACAACACUGGUAGUUCAGACUGUGGCGUUAUCACUUUGUCGGUAACCAAUUUCGCCAACCGUGCUGCUACAAGCAGUUGCAAAGAAAUCUUUAUAUUAUCAAUCACACAAAUGAACCAAAACUAGACACUCACAUGAAUGAAUUAAAAGUUUUAAACAAGCGUAGCGAUCACGAUUACGAUCACGAUCAAGCACAAUAUUUCUUAGGGUUUAUGCUACUAACAGAGUAAAUUUGAAUCUCCGCUUCAAUUUUCUGGCGGUUACACAAUCGAUCCAUGGAAAAAUUCGAAAAACAAAGGAGAUAUUACAAGAGACAACAAAUCUCGUAAACCUAGAGCAACAGAUACAAAGAUCGACGCGAUCGCAGCUCAGAAUCACCAACAGCUAAAACAGAGGGUAAAGAAAAGAAAUUAACCUUGACGACGAGAGCAGAAGUAGAAUCCAUCGCUCACAGAGUCACAGGCUAGAGAAUCGGUAAAUGAACUGAUAACUCCUCCGCGGAUCGAUCGUUGCGAUGUGGGAGACGAAGAAGGGCUGUGUUUUUUCAGAAGAUUCAUCAACGGAGGAAAGAUAGAAGGCUUGUGUUUCUUCGACGAAGGAGAGGAGGGGAAUUAAUGCAUGGUCCAAUAACAUACUGCCACGUAAGGGCUUCUUACAAGCUCUAGAAAGUCCAUAUUAAGGAGCGGUUCUUUAUUUUUUGGGCCUUUUUCAUUUAUUUUUUUUUCCUUUUUGUGAAAAACUUGUGUUAAGAACUCCCCAAUGGAGCUGAUCUAACAGUCCAAACACAAAAAGCAACCAAUCUCCUAUUUUCUAAAUUUAUCUUUUCUUUUUUGAAGCUAUAUAUUUAUAUAUCUUUUUUUUAUCAUUUAUUUUCACUGGACAAUUAAACGAUUGUAAAGAUUAAAGAACGAUUGGCAACACGCAUUCACAGUUAACAUUAUAUGUCAUUAUCCAAUUAAACGAUUUUUUGUACUGUCUCCAGUCUCCUCAUCUCAAUACCACUCCUUUAACGACGCUACAAAUUAAUUUUCUUUAAUUUUGUUAAUACCUUUAUAUUAAUUUAAUUUAUCUGCUCAUAAUGUAACUUGGAAAAAAAAAUGUAACUUGGAGAGAAAGUACAUGUAUGUAUCUAUUAUAUGCAUCCCAUGCAUGUAUGGAUGGAGCAAAAAGGAUGAAUUGGGAUCUGCAAAAUUAGAGAGAGAAGAAACUGAGGGCAAAAGCGUAAUCUUGAAAGCAGAUAUUCUCUGCAACAAACGAUGCAAACAAACAAAGAUGAGACAGCUUAAACCCUUCCAUAAAACCCCCAUCAACCUCACACACACAGUUUAUACAGUCAUCAUCAUCUCUCUCUCUCUAGCUAAUUGAAAAUGGCAGAGCCACCGCCGUCGUCUCUCCACCAUUUCGUCGGUCCUUCAUCAAAACAUCGAUCAUCCAACAAGAAACACUCCUUCUCCGGAGCUCAGCAUCCGACCAUCCACCGUCUCUUCCCGUGCCAGUACUGUCCACGCAAAUUCUACACUUCCCAAGCUCUCGGCGGUCACCAGAACGCACACAAACGCGAACGCGCCGCUGCUCGGCGCAACCUCGGCGUUGUUUCUGAUCAUGCUCCAAACACCCUCGACGACGCCACUUUCCUUCUUCCAUACCCGUGUAAUCUUUACCCUAACCCACCUCAAGUAUCGUCCUGGAGCAUACCGGAUCAACAGACGGUGACGAUGGUGAGUGGGUACGACCCGUAUCCGUAUCCUUAUGGGUAUACGUUUGAGGUUUCUGGCGUCAUGGAAGAAGAAGAAGAGGAGCGCCCACAGCUGGAUCUUUCGCUCCGUCUCUGAGUGCUUUUCUGUUUUUAGUUUGUUUUGUCUUUGUUCAGGUUGCUUUUAAGUACAACUUUGGAGCUAUGUAGCCUUCUCUCUCUUUUUGUGUUCAUCUCCUUACUUUUUAAGAUAAACUAGCUGGCUGCUACCUUUUUGAUAAUGAUCCGUUUUGGUUUAAAAGUUUAUAAUCUAGCAGUCUCUUUGCUAAAUCGAAUACUUUUUUUAUCUUUAUGGAUGAUCCAUUAAUUGCGAUGAUUAAGAAUCUGAAUUUUCUUGCAUUUUCUCCAUCGUCGCCUUUUUUUUUAUUUCCUUUUUCGAUCGGUGGCCGGUCAUGUCUCUGUCGGAGAUUAUCACCGUCUUCCGGUUUGCUACAAAUCCCUAACCGCCGCCUCCACGAAGUUGGUACGUGCGCAAUCUAACAUGUCAUCAGACUCAUCACAUCACUACACGCGAUACACUCACGUGACGCUACUCAUGCGAAAGCUAUUGCCAAAUUAGGACGAAUAAACUGCGUGCCGUUUUUAGGCGCCUCACAUAACAACCACUUUUACUCCAACAUCAUAUUCUUCUAAAUACUCCCAUAUGUUGCACAAUAUAUGAUGUUUUUGACAAAUACACAACUACUAAAAAAAUUCUUUUUUUUUGUUUUUAAAAUAUAACUAAAAUAUGAAUUGAAAAUCAUUUAACUAAUUAUAAAAUAGACUAUAAAAUAAACUUUUUAAUUAAUAAAAGUAAAAGUUACCUAAGAAUAUAUAAAAA